UGCUGCAUGCGCAUGCGCAGUGGUGGUCGCUCUGUGCAGUAGUGUUUACAACGUUAUAGUUGAAAUAUGAGGAAUACAUUCGCACUAUUCGCGGUAACAGUAACCGUAACCGUGUUGUGUGUUGAGGUGCUGCAUGGUCUCCCGUACAGCCAUGUUCAGUCAAGAAAAUAUCAUGGAUUCAAGACAGAACCUCAGUUCACAGAGAAGUAUUUCAGUCAGACUGUGGACCACUUCAACUUUAACAGCAUGGGGAACGGGACAUUCAAUCAGCGUUAUCUGAUCACAGAUCAGUACUGGAAGAAAGGCUAUGGUCCUAUAUUCUUCUACACUGGCAAUGAGGGAGACAUCUGGGAGUUUGCGUCCAACUCUGGGUUCAUCACAGAGUUAGCUGCUCAGCACAGAGCCUUGGUCAUAUUUGCUGAACAUAGGUACUAUGGCAAAUCUCUGCCGUUUGACAAAGACUCCUUCAACAUCCCUCAGAUCGGCCUGCUGACGGUGGAGCAAGCCCUCGCUGACUAUGCUGUUAUGAUCACUGAGCUGAAACGGCAGCAGGCAGCCACACUCUGUCCUGUCAUCGUGUUUGGUGGCAGUUACGGUGGAAUGCUGUCGGCCUACAUGAGACUCAAGUAUCCAAACAUUGUGGCCGGAGCUCUGGCUGCCAGCGCCCCCGUACUGUCCACCGCUGGGCUGGGAGACUCCAGGCAGUUUUUCAGAGAUGUUACAGCUGAUUUUGAGAGCGUUGCCCCUGAAUGCAGAGAUGCUGUGAGAGGAGCAUUCCAUCAGCUGAAAGAAUUAGCCGAACACCAAGAUUACAGUCGCAUCCAGUCCGAAUUCUCCCUGUGUAAGCCUCCGUCAUCAGCUCAGGACAUCCACCAGCUGAACGGCCUGCUGAGGAACGCCUUCGUUCUGAUGGCCAUGCUUGAUUACCCCUACAGCACUCACUUCAUGGGGAACAUGCCCGCCUACCCUGUCAAGGUGGCCUGUGAAAUCAUGCUGAGCGGGUCUGACCUGCUCACCAACCUCAGGGACACUGCAGGGAUUGUGUACAACUCUACCGGGGCGCUGACCUGUUUUGACCUGUACAGUCUGUAUGUGGAGUGUGCUGAUCCCACCGGCUGUGGACUGGAUUUCAACAGCAUGGCCUGGGAUUAUCAGGCGUGCACAGAGAUCAAUCUGUGCUAUGAGAGCAACAAUGUGACGGACAUGUUUCCUCCCAUGGCCUUCACUGAGACGGGCCGUGAGCUUUACUGCUCCAAACGCUGGGCUGUGAUUCCACGACCAGACUGGCUCAAAACCCAGUUCUGGGGAGACGCCCUCUCCACAGCCAGCAACAUUAUUUUCUCCAACGGAGAUCUUGACCCAUGGGCGAACGGAGGGGUGCGCAAGUCCUUGAGCUCAUCACUGAUAGCUGUCAACAUCUCUGGAGGAGCCCAUCAUCUGGAUCUGAGAGGAUCUAAUGAUGCUGAUCCAGAGUCAGUGAUCGUUGCCAGGAAGACAGAAGCAGACCUCAUCGCCCAGUGGGUGAAGAUGGAGCGGAGCAGAUUACAGCAGUCACUUUAAAGCACAUGUUCAGAUUAUGUAUUAUACUGUAUAUGGAAUUACAUAAAAUCAAGUCUUGUCAAAUCAUUAGUACUUUCUAAGACUACUGUAGAAGAAUCCAGAUUCACUUCAAAGUUAUUAUAUAGAAAAUAUUGGAGUCAGGAGCCCCUUUCACACAGAGAAUCAGCAAUACGCCCGCUUUGCUUCUUCACACUGAACCAAACAAUGGUGGCAUAAUGCUGCCCCAGUGUCAUAUCACAGGAGUAAAACAGCAUGUGUGUGGGGGGGGUCGGUACCUUGGUUUGGUCGGUCCCUUGACCCGGUCGGUGGGUCACUUGGUCCCUGGGUCCCUUGGCCUGGUCAGUCGGUUCCCCCCCCAUUCCGUCUCCACACCUUUCAUACAGAAGAGCAAGGCGGAAUUCCGGUGCAACAGUCUUGCCUUGAAGCGGCUGUGUGAAAGGGGCUAGUGAGUCCACCUCUGUGUCCCGGCUCCAUCCUGCAUACUAAGGUGGGUAUAGAAUAUGUUGUGUGUUCAUCCUGGAAAAGAGCCUGAAAUGAAUGUCAGUAUGAACAAUACAAUGCACAGCAGGACUGGAGGAGCUGCUCACAGCAGAGCAAAAUGUAAACUAUUCAUGCACAGUGGUGAGACCGCUCCAGGGAAAUGAUUAGAACAAAACAAUGACUGACAUUUUGCUCUUUAUCAUGUUUCCAAAGGCUACACAGGCAAUAGCAUUACAAAGUUGCAGUUUGGUAGAUAACAUUUAAAAAAAAAAAAGAAAAAGGUUCAUAAUGAUGUUUUGUCCACCCAGCAGUCCAAAACCCCACAAUAUUCAUAAUACAAUCAUGGAAGAAUAAUUGAUCUAUUCACAGUUGAGAAGCUGGAACCAAAUAAAUCUUAGAAAAAUGAA